AUGGCCAGCAAGGAAACUGGGCAGGCAUUUGCCCCGGUCCUGGCGGCCGUCGCGACUAUGCAAGGGAAUGUGUCUAGGUCCGAGAAGACGCAAGCCCACGAAUUCCUAGAGAAGUUUCAGAAAUCGGUACGCCCCCCUCUUCGUCGCCCUCCCGGUCGCUUCGACCGUGACUCUCUAUUGGCAAUCCCUUCUAACCCCAGAAAAACGGUGUUACAGAUCGAAGCGUGGCAAACGACCCACGCUCUAUUACAGUCGCCCGAUGUCCCCGUCGAGGCGAAAUUGUUCGCGGCGACCACAUUGAAGGGAAAGAUCGUGUUCGACUUGGACCAACUCCCUCCCGACGCCGUAAUUGCUCUGCGUGACUCCGUUCUCAACCUCCUGGUGGCUUUUGCGUCCGGGCCGCGACCAAUUCAGACUCAGUUAUGUGUGUGUUUGGCAAGUUUGGCGAUCCAGAUGCUCGCCUGGAAGGAUGUCCUGGCGACCGUGGGCUCGGUAUUGGGCAGCAGUGCGGGGGACUGCGUGCUGGAAUUCCUGAAGAUCUUACCGGAAGAAGUGACGGAGGGACGCAAGAUCAAUCUCAGCGAAGAUGAAUUGCUCCAGCGCACCAAGGAACUUCUGGAAGAUAAUGCCGAGCAGGUCAUGCAACUGAUGAUCGGAUAUGCCCAGUCGUCGCCCACAGCUGCUACGAACCCGCGUCUUCUGGACUGCAUUACUUCAUGGCUGCGCGAGAUCCCGGCUGCCCAGAUUGUCGAGUCGCCUUUGAUGGAUGUCAUUGUGAAAGCACUGGAUAAUGACGUGUCUUUCGAUGCCGGCGUCGACUGCAUGUGCACUCUCUACCGCGAUACCCGGGAUGUCAACGAGUCCCUCCCCAUUAUUCAGGCCCUCUACCCCCGCCUGAUGGCCCUUCGACCUAAGAUCGCCGAGAAUGCCGAGGCGGAGGAUCUGGAAGCGUUCAAGGGUAUUACACGAAUGUUUGCUGAGGCCGGAGAGGCAUGGGCCGUCCUGAUUGCGCGUCUUCCGGGUGAAUUUCGUGGCCUCGUUGAGGCAGUCCUCGAGUGCUGUGCACGCGACUGGGAACGUGAUGCGGUUUCGUUAACAUUCAUCUUCUGGUACGAACUGAAGCAAUACAUUACGCUCGAACGCUAUCCGGAGGCCCGAGUCAGUCUGCAGGAUAUCUUCUCGCAACUGGUCGACAUCAUGGUGAAGCACCUCGAAUACCCCAAGCCCGAGGAUGACGAGACCGAUCUGUUCGCCGGUGAUCGUGAGCAAGAGGAAAAGUUCCGUCAAUUCCGUCACCAGAUGGGCGAUGUACUGAAGGACUGUUGCGCCGUGGUGGGCGUACCUGACUGUCUCGGCAAGAUCUACCAGCUGAUCCAGCAAUGGGUAGGCAAGUACGCGUCGCAGGCCAGUGACAAUCAUGUCCCCCACUGGCAAGAGCUCGAGGCACCUCUCUUCGGCCUUCGUGCCAUGGGUCGUAUGGUGGACCCUGAAGAGGACACCGUUUUGAACCAGCUCGUCCCCUUAAUCGUGCAGAUUCCCAACCAGGAGAAGAUCCGCUUCCAGGCCAUCAUGGCUCUUGCUCGAUACACCGAGUGGACUGCACUGCAUCCCGAGACCCUCGAGGCCCAGCUCAACUACGUUAUCUCCGGUUUCAACCACAGCUCCCAGGAGGUCAUUCAGGCAUCGGCGUUGGCGUUCAAGUUCCUGGGCACGGAUUGUCAGAAGCUCCUGGGUGGUCACAUCAACCAACUGCACUCGUUCUUCGAGUCAGUGUUGGAUAAGCUCAAACCCGCUAGCCAGGAAGAAGUUGCCGAGGGUGUUGCGGCCGUUGUGUCCGUACAGCCCCGCGAGAAGAUCUUCGAGUCUUUCCGGAUGUUCUGUGAUCCCAUCAUCAUGCGUAUCAUGAACCUCGCCGACAACGCUCAAGAUGAAGAGGGACAGCGCGCGGUGGCCGAUCACCUGCAGUUGAUCACCAUCUUCGUGCAGGUGGUGACCCCCAUUGUUCCUCACGGUGAGGAGAACCCAGCCGUGAAGUACUGCGGCGAGAUCCUCCCUAUCAUGACCACGAUCGUUAUGAACUUUACGUCCUCUACUCCUAUUUUGGAACGAGUGUGCCGCUGCUGGCGCUACAUGAUUAUCUCCUACCGCACUGCUAUGACCCCCUUGCUGCCCACUCUCGCUCAGAGCAUUGCCAAUGGUUUCGAGGCUUCUCGUGAGGGAUGCUUCCUGUGGGCUACUGAUGCCGUGGUGCGCGAGUUCUCUGAUGGUGCCGAGAAUGUGGAUCAAGCGACUAGCGAUGCCGUCUAUCAAUUCUACGAGCAGCAGACAAUUGCAUUCCUCCGCAUCAUGAAUGACCUACCGCCAGAGAACCUCCCUGAUGUCAUCGAAGACUUCUUCCGACUAUCAUCUGAUGCUGUCCGGUACUACCCCAAGAUGUACAUCGGCUCUCACCUCGCGGUUCCCACCUUCUCCGCGGCUCUGAGCGCCCUUACUCUCCAACAGACGGACCCCCUCAUCGCCACCCUUCACUACUACCGAGACCUCUUUGGCUUCGCCUUUGAAAAGCCACUCGUCUCUGAAUUCACCAGCCCUGAAGGAGAACCAUACACUACCCCACCGGAGGUCCGUGAGGCCGUCAAGAACCUUAUCCUUUCCCACGGCGAGCUCUUGUCUCAACGAGUUGUGACUGGCAUGAUGUUUACGUUCCCCGGUGACUGCUUCCCCGACGCAUCGGGUAUCAUGAUGACCAUGUUCGAACUCCUCCCUCAAGAGACCGGGGCCUGGUUGCAGAGCACCUUACAGAUGCUACCUUCUGGCUCUAUGAAGGGCGGAGAGGCCGAGCGACUCCUCAAGAGCAUUGCCGACAAGAUCGAGUCCGGCGAGACCCGCAAGAUCCGCGUUCUCCUCCAAGACUUCACCAACUCCUACCGCCGCCGGAAUGUCGCCCCCCGCGACGGACUGGGCCGGCUCGAAGCCACCCGGUUCCGAUUCAGCGGAUGA